AUCCCUUCGACAAAUUCUACUCUCACUUCCCCCAUUUUGGAUAUGCUGAUCCUUUUAUUGUUUGUCAUACUGAUAUUUGCAAUGUUGGGUAAGCUGAUGAUUAUGAGAGUGAUUGUUUUAUUGUUCAUUCAAAAUAUUUCCAAGCUUAUAGUAUCCUUACAUCUAUGAUGUUCCUGUCUUCAAAUGAAAUGUGCCUUUUCCCCAGCAGGGAGCAUCAGAUUUUUUCUUUGGAAAAGUGUUUCUCAUCUUUCCAGCGCGUUCUCAUCUUUCUGUGUAUUCAGGGACAGCAACUUUUUUCAAAAAGAAUUAUUUAACUACCAGUUGAAGAAUGCCAAGCCACUUUUUAGGCAAACUCCCAUGACGGUCUUGUGCAGGAGUUUUCUUGUUGUCUGAUGGCCAGCAAAACUUAGGCUUCAAAAUUGAAACUAACUUGUAAGACCACCAUAAGUUAAACAUAAAUCCAAACUUACGUGUUUUGUAAAGGAAAGUCAUCAACAGCCAUGUUUUAGCAUAAACUUUUCUUCCGUAAAUGGCAGGCGACGUAAGAGGUCGCGAAACUAGCUAGUCUGUUUACUCAUAAAAGACAACAUAAAACAAAGAAAAUCUAUCUCCUCUAUUUAGCAGUGUAUUUUAGGUCACUUUAAUUGCAUUUUUAUUAAUAACUGUCUUUUACCCGAGUUUGAAGUAAAUAUUUAUUUUCUACAUCUUAAUGUAGCUUAGGGGCAACAAAGCCCUUUCAUUACUGUUAACAUAAGAUGGUGAGGCAUAUGUUUUCUUGCUUAUAGAAACUGUUAACUUUCUUCACAGGAUUUUAUUUGUUUUCUGACAAUGAGGAAGAUGAGGUAUGCCUUUGCUUGUUAUUAUCUCUCUCAUAUUAAUUAGGAGUUACCAGCAAUUAAGCUAUUACUAAAAAUGAUCCCAACAUAUCACGUCAGUCUCGCAGUUAUAACACAAGUUAUACCCUGGGAUUGACAAGCGUAAUCUCUGGAAUUGCCGCAAGAAGCUUAAGGUGAAAGAAACUGGAUUAUGAAAAUUAAUAAGGUGGAAGAAGACAAUGAAUAAAAUAGAUUAAGAGCUUAAAACGCUUAUAAUUUAAACAACCUUACCUGUUUUAGCUUCAACAAACCAAUUUAAAGCAGGGUUGCAUAUCUUGUUUUGCUACUCAAUUUGUCUUAAAGUGAGUUUAAGGUGAAAGUCAUUACAGAAACUAAUAAGAGAUUUGCAAAUGCUUGCACAGUCAGUUACAGUUUGUGUUGUACAGGUACUCUUACUUUUCUUGUCAUUGGUGCUAAUAUUCUCUAAUGUUAGGCAACCCCACAUGAACUAACUUGCAUCCCAUCCAAGGGUAAUGUUAGUACUCCUGUUCUUUAUACUAUUAAAAUAGAACGGGCAUGUGCUCUGUUGUCUUGGGUGUUCUCUGGCUCACGCUUGAAUUUACCAUGAAGUUCACAAGUUAUGACAGUUCUUAACAAAGAUUCUGCUAUAAACGUGUAACUUGUAACUAAACUAAGUGCACAAUGCAGUCUUUGUUGACAAAUACUUUUGUAAAAAUAGUUCUUCAGCAGUUUUGGGAGAAGUUUCAUCAGUUUAUUUGUGUUGCUGACUACAGCUAAGUAUGUUUAUUUUCUGAUAAUAAUAAGCAGAAAGGUUAUUGAUUAUUAACAGAAGCAUCUCUUUUUAAAGGUCAAAUUUGAUUUCAGGCUAAAAUAUUUUUAACCAGUACGCUGAUCUUCAAUUUCCAUAAUGUCUCCCAGAAUAUAUUGAGAAUUAACCUAGAUGAUAGACUUGAAUUCCACAAAUUAGUACCUGUCAGGAGCCCAUCAAAUGGAGCCUCCAUCUCCAUUAUUUUCUUGAGUCAACCCUUUCCCGAGUAGAUUUAUAAAUAGAACGGUUUGUUUCCCGCGAAAAGUGUCAUAUUUCCUUAAGUCUCGUAUGUCACGGUGAAAAAAUAAAAUUGGAUGAAGUCGAACUCAGAAGCCCGUCCUUCGACCGUUUUCCUUUUUUACUUUACGUCCAUUUUACAAUUUUACAGCCGCUGGGAUCUGGGUAUCAUGAAAUAAAGGUUAAUGAAUUACCUGACUGAGACUGAGCUUAAAGCGAUGGGACAAAGGCAGCGACCUGAGGAUCACGGAAAGGUUAUCUUUGCGAGUAUUUCCUUUUUUUUCUGCCGCCAUACAUCCCACAUUUUAGCAUGCACCUAGAAAAGAGUCGACGAUUAAGCGUUCUGUGGACGAUUUGGAACUUUUCGAUGAUCAGCGCCGAAAAAGUGCCAGGAUAAUUUGAUUUUUGUCAUCACCGCGGAGUGGAUUUCGCCAGUUAAGGACCGCGUGCAAAAGCGAUGACCUAAGUAGCGACUAACGAGGAAUGCUUCAGUUCCGAAAUUUGAGAAAUUGCAGUCUUCCUUUACAACUGACUUGCAUCACCAUGAGAGUUGCCUGAUAAAACUGGCACUUGAAAAGUUGAACAGAAGACAACAGUUGCUUGACCGUGAAGCUAACUCAAAAGUAAUUUGCUAACGGAGGAAUUUGUGACAUUGCACUCCAGUCCAAAGACCCUUUUAUCUCAAGAAAAACAAAAUGGAUUGUAUCUGCGCCAAAAGAAUUAUGACUGACCAACAGGACAAUUCUCAGCACUUAAUGUAGAAGUUUAGGCUCAAUUCCUUCCUUCGAAUUCGCAUCCGUAGAUCAUUUUUUUGCGAUAAAACAAUGGCUGGGCCCGGCGUUACAAAACAUAGCAGGGAAUCAUCACACUAGCUGAUGGACAAAACAACCACAAGGACCACAAGUAUUUAUUCAGAUAAACACAUUUCGAAAAAGAAAAACUUGAAAAACUAGAAAUUUUAGUAACAUUGAGUCAUUUGGCCGAAAUAAGAACCUUAAUGCUCAAAAAAAUUGGCUAAAGAAAACGAAUCCUGUCAGAACUACAGACUGCAGGUAGUAGUUAAUCAGUAUGCAUGUAACAGACCAGCUUCAUGGCCUCUUUAUAAUGUGAGACAAGCAACCAAAAUUAAGUUUACAUAGUCAGAGUUUAAAACUCUCCAUAGUAUAAUCUACCUGCUAGAAAGAAAAAAAAAGAAAAUCUCUGAGGGAUGAAAACGCUCAAGUCACGUUUCACUAGCUUAUGAUUGUGUUUGGCCUGUCAACACCGAAUUUCCUGCUGUUUGAUGAAGUACAAUAGCAGUGUCAUUUCGUCGUUGUGAUUGGCUCUUCCCACCGUCGGCGCGCGAAGUCUUCCCCGGGAACCGUUCUAAUUAUAAAUCUACUCGGGAAAGGGUUGACUCCAAGGGCUUGUAUGGGAGAUGGAGGCUCCAUUUGAUGGGCUCCUGUACCUGUAGAUGCCUUUAGAAUGAAGUCCUAGCUCCACUGUUACCAGUUACUCCCAUAUUUUAUAUUUUUGUUGUUCAUUAUAUAUAGACAACAUAAAUUCCCAAAAUAUACUUCAUGUAAAUAUUUCUUUGCACGUUAGCUAUCCAGAUGUGAUGAUGCCUUCCUACAAUCGAUCACGCUGGUUUGUCAUCUACUUUGCCGUCUACAUUUCAGUAACUCUUUACUUCCUUAUGAAUUUGGUAAGAAGGAACUCUACUAGGUUGUAUCGUUUGUGGCAAUACAUUGAGGUUUUUUGUUUAUUUCACUUGACUGUGCAGUCUCCAAAGCUGAAAGUUGCAUGUAAUAAUUUUUUUUCUUCUCAACCCCAAGAGCUCUUUUUAUGCAAAAUACUAUGUAAUUUAUGACAAAAUAAUAAUAAUAAUAACAAUGAUAAUAAAGCACAUUCCUCGUGCAUUGCAGAAAACUGUUUUCAACUGUUUAUUUUUUGUAAAAUCAACAGUAUAGUUGAAUAAGUUGUCACUCCUUUAAUAGCAUUUCAUCCAUAGAUUUCAAAGGAGUGUAAAGGAAACUCAGACCUCUGACAUGAAAAGAAUAAGAUCUACUCAAAAACUUAGACUUGCAAGACUCAUUAAAUAAAACAAACCUUUGAACUUUUGCAAGAGACAAUAUUUUGUGGCCUCGUAACGUACCAUUUUUGGGUUUCAAUGACAGUAAUUUCUCCUUUUAAUAACAGCUUCUGGCAGUAGUUUAUGACACCUUUACCAACAUUGAAAAGGAUAAGUUUAGAAAGCUGUUCCUUCACAAGAGGUAAAAAUAAUAUCCGGGUAUAUAGACUUAAUUUAAAGUUACUGUUAAAGAGUGGUUUAUGCAGAGGGUAUAAUAGUGAAGUUUUGAAUACAUGAAAAUCAUAUAUGUGAACUGUGGAGUGAAGAAUUAAAUGAAGGAUGAUCAUCGCAGUUAUAUACGCAACUUUUGCAGUUGCAAAAAGAAAGCCUGAAAUGUACGGGAUUCGAACCCUUGACCUCUGUGAUACCGGUGCAGCACUCUACCAAUUAAAUAAUAAAUUGAAUAAGCUCCAUGUGCCCCUUUUUUGAGAAAAGGGGAUUGGGGGCACUUCUUUGAAGAAAGGUGUUUAUAAAUUUAAGGGGUGUUUACAUUGUGGCUCAAAUUUUAUUUUCAGUUUGGUGAGGUGCUAUUUAAACUAUGAAAAGUAGGCAAAAUUUAGUCGUUAGUCUCUCUAAAUGUGUUAGUUAGAUGUUUGCUUUUAAAAGUCAAAACUACUCUAUAAAUCCUAACAUUAAAGUAUCUUUUCUACUUCAAGGCAUGCUGUUAGACAAGCAUAUAAGCUGCUCUGCUGUAAGCAUGUAAGCUUCACAUUUAAUGUAAAGUGUACUGCCUUAUAGUGUAGACGUAUUAUAUUAGAAGCAGCAAUUAUUUAAUAAAGACCAGCUGACUGAAAAAACAAAUCACUUACUUCACCUCAAAAGGACAUUCUUUCUCUAAUCAAAAGUACAAAGUUGGCAGUGUUCUUUAAUUCUGAUGGCUUCUUUCAAAAGUAGGCCCCUUGGCAUUUUUUCUCAGAAUUUUUUUAUACACAGUAUAUUUUAUUCUUUAGUAAUCCUUGUUUUGUCAGCAAGCCUUGAUCUACAUGUGCUUGUUAAUAAUGAUAAUUAAUAUUAACAACACUUUAAAUAUCCUCUCCCCUUAUGUAGCUUUUCAGGGAUAAUAAAACAAAUAAUUUAAAUGGCACAUAAUAUGGUUAAAAACCGCAAUGGUAGGAGGCGAACCAGCUGGCUAUUUACAAGCCUGGCUGAGGAUUUGAACUCAGGACUACUGAGAACCAAUCCAGCUAGCAUUCAGGGCUGGGACUUUAACUCAAGGCCUCCAAAUUACAAGUCCGGCGCUCUAACCACCCUAGGCAUCAAAGUAACACCGUUAAAACACCUUUUUAUUUAAAUAAUUCACAUAUUUACAAAUUGCUAAGAGUUAGUUUAAUAUUUUGCUAUAGCCUCCUCAUUGGAUCCCUUUACAACAUUUUGUUGGCUUGAUGUCCUUCUACAAACCAAAGAGCAGUAAGUUUCCUUUCUUUACUUUGUUGUUUUACUUUUUUAACUUACGUUACAUUAGGUUUCUUACAUAUCCUACCUUAUGCCCUAGUGGUGACCAGCUUCUAGCUUCUUACUGUAUCACUGCCCAAACAUUAGCACAACCAGUCAGUUUUUUGUAGUUUUUCAUGGCCCUUGGUUGGUCACAUCAACACAGUUUAUCACUCUAUUUCUGUAAUGCAAGUGAGCUGGGAAAAAACACAUACACAUGAAAGCAAAACAAAGUUAGGUAUUGUCUGAAUAUUGUUGAUUAAGUGGUAUCACAUCUGGCACAAAGCCGUUCUUUAUGCGUUCAGUGUAAAAUUCAGGCUGCUGACUUGACCAUGCCAAUGAGAACGUGAUACCCAUAGUCUCACUGUUUUCUAACCUUAAAAACAAUAGUCUGCAGUCAGUCCACAGUCUUCAUUUUACGCUGCCAUGCCCCGUUAUUUAUGUACUAUUCUGAAUUGAAUUCAAAAUGUUGGCUUAUGAUAAUAUUAUGGUAAAACACGAAUACGUAGAGAAAAACCUUUUGGUGCAAGAGAUAUGAAGGUUGAAGUAACAAAAACUGAACUCACGUAAAGUUUUUCCCAGGAUUCAAACCUGAAGCCACACUGAUGGGUGGUAAUGUUACAGGUCAAAAUUAAAUUCAGGUUAAAAUUUUUUAACCUUGGUUGAUUCUCAAUUCCCCUAAGUCGUGAAUGAUCGGGGCUACAGGAGACAACAGAAAUUGAGAAUCAAUCUACCGGUAGUUUAAAAGAAAUUUAAGCUGAAUUUAAUUUUUUACCUGUGACAGUAACCUGUGAUCAGAUAGAUGAGGGGUUCUUUUCUUUUUUCCAUUAAUAUCCGCUUUCUCUCUGAAAAAAGGAAUAUAGAUUAAUAAAUUAUUGUGCAUAUUUAUUUCUUACACAGCACUUGUGGAGAAAUAUAUUGUAUUCAAGUCACUGAACACAAGCCAGACAAAACAAUUAAGGUACAAACAAGUAAUUUUUGGCUUCGUAAUACCUAAUAUUAUUAUACUAUUCUAGUUUAUCCAAUUAAAUCCAUGCAGCCCUCUAUCAGUCACUAAAUCUUAACUUUUUUAUUCUUGCUUUUGUUGCUAGUUUGGAGGAGUUUUAUCAUGUCUUUGAAAACAGUGAGAUGAAGUGGAAAAGAGUAUGUAUGCCUUGUUAUAAUCCUUCCGUUCCCAGAAGAUGCCAAAGUAAAAAAAUUGCCUUGUUGCAAAAUGCUGACUUAGAAAUAAAUAGUACCGUGUGGAAAAUUUUGUCUACAGACUCAAAUGUUUCCUAUUUCAUUCAGUCUAUGAGGGAAAGCUAGGGUUCACAAUUCAAUUUAUUAUGAAUAUAUUUUUUUAUUACGUACUUAUAAUAAUAUUAUUUAAUUGGACUGUACAGAGCUCUUGUUUCAGGGUGUCAUGAAAUGUUUUUUUUUUAUGUGCAUGCCCUGGGACCCUCCCCCCCCCCCCCAAAAAAAAAAAAAAAAAAAAAAAAAAAAAAGGCUGUAGUAUGUCUGAACAAGACAGAAGCAAAAUCACUUAGCUUGGUUGGUAGAUUGGAAGCAAAGUUUUGGAUAUUUUUCUUGUGUUUUGUCUAUAGGUGGUUGUAUGUUGUUGGGAUCGAUAGAGUGAUUCAGCAGGUCAAAAUUAACCUAUUUACACCCGAACUGCCCAAAACACCUUGUGAAGAUCCAAUUUUUUUGUGCCUUGUACUACUAGUGAUGUCAUCAGUGUCACAGACAAUCUGGCAUUUACUUGCCCAGGGGGCAAAUGGGUUAAGAUGGAGUGUGGAAUUCAGAUAUUAUGUAUUGGGUCUGAGGUGUGUGAAAUACCAAACUUUAAAUUUAGUUAUUCUAGAAACAUAUGUUUCCAAAACUCAGAGCAAAAAGGUUUUAAAAUGACUGGAAUAUUUUGUUGGAAUCACUUGAACUUCAUUAGCAAAGGUAAAAUGAGUUUUGGUUAUGUAAUGGACAAAUUUGGUACAUAUUCCCAAAGAGGACUGUAAAUGACCAGGAGGUCCAGUCUGUCAUCCUUAUUCAGAAAGGGUUUUCUUUGUUUCAUUGCAAUGGCGUUCAAUGAAGACAUUCUAUAUUUGUUUUAAACAUUUUUUGCUAUGAGUCUUAGAAAUAGUUGUUUCUAGUAAGUCUUUGCCAGAGCAGAGGAACAACAGUAAGAUUAGUUUCUUUUCUUUUCAGAUCACAAAGGACUCCGAGCAAUGGUUUCGUGUUCUCAAACGAUCAUGGAAGUAUCUGUACCAUACUAUCAAAGGUCAGUGCUACCUAGUGCUUCUGCACUAUGGUUACUGUACUUCACAUGUGAAUGUUGCUUGGUAGACCUGUGAAUUGAAAUGUGUCAACUCUAAUUUGGUGAAUUUUUGUUCAAACAUUAACUGGGUCCAUUCAUUUUUUUAAAAGAGAUUUCAAGCAACAAGCAAAACUCACCCUGGCUUUGCUUUGAUUUCAUCAUAAUUGUGAUCAAAAUAUAAAAUAUGGGAAACUAUGGAAAACAAAACACUCAUAAAAUCGGUAUUUAGUCUCACUUGCUUGGAGACUAGAUAACAAACGAGGAGGUGAUCAAUUCUACAUGAAACAGGAUUUACUCACUAAAGGUGAAUGGUCGAGUAUUCUUCAGGAUAUAUAUUUACUUUUUAUAUCAUAUUCGAUGAUUUGUCUCUGAAUUGAUUUAAUACACAUGUUAGCGACCACCGGAAAUACGUCCGUGGUCGCAGGCUAUAUGCAUGUAUAAUUACAUGAAAAUUCAAGGGCCUUGAUUCGAGAGAAAUUACAUCAUUGCCAGAGAUAAAAAACAUGAUGAGCACAUUGUGCAUCAUUUCAAUCAUUGCCAAAAAUAAACCACACGCUCAUCACAAGACUCAUUUGCAUACAAUGAAAGUUUGCAAUCAAAGUUUUGCUAAUUAAGAUUCUUCUUCUUCUUCUUCUUCUUUUUUUCGACCACUGAAGUGUUCACAUGUUCCAAAGUAAUCAACGCUUUCAAGCGACAUAAUUCAUGGACCGAGCUGUUCUGGAAAAGCUGUAAAUUUAAUCUUUCCUAAGCUUUCUUCACAAAACAUGCGUGGCUUUGGUCAGUUCCUUAUUCCCAGUUUCCACAGUGUCCGCUAGGAACGCCUGGGAGUAUGACCCCUUUUUAUGUCCUAAAUACAACAAAAAACGGCUUGCAGAUUAUGAGUCUUGCUGCUUACGCGGGACUAACUACAUGGAAUUUGAUGAUUGAAAGUAAACCAGGUAAAAGGUUGGGUUUUUUUCUGACCAUUUCAGCCUCCCUUCCCUGGUCACACCCUCGCUGCAGUCCCUGACAAGUUCUCCAUGUUCAGGGUAGUCAAUAAGGGCCAGUAGCUGGCCAAAACUGCCGGCAAGUUAGCGAUCCUUAGCAGGCUACUUUCAUCUUCUUCUAACAUAACUGCUAACAAAAAAUAAGCACCAUCAAAUAAAACUGUAAAGCAUCUGUUUCCCAGUUUUGAAUGACAUUGAACGCAUGUUUAAACAGGUUUAGACCUGUGAAAUGUUUGAACCGUACAAUGACUUGGAAUGCCUGGGACAUUUCGACAGCAUUGUUCCCAGAAUGUUGUGUGUUUUCUGACGAAACAACAUGGCGUCUGUGGUUGAAAACACCUCUUGAAAAUACCUGGAAACACCAUUUCUGAGAGUCUAAUUUUCAAAAUGUCCCUAGAUGCCUCGGCCCUCAAGAGCUUGUGCUUUUGGUGCGAGUUCCAAAGCCGCAUACUGUUCAUUAUCAGCCUGCUACUUAAAAACUUUUUGACAGCCCCUCAUGUUAUUCAUGUUGUUACAGGUAUUCAAAGGAUGAUCACAAGUAAACGAUUUGAAUACUUCAUUUGUAAGUUCUCUUAACUACAGCAUGUAUAAGCUGAAUUUUUACAACCCCAAUAUCAAAAUUCAGAGCCUCACUUGUUGUCCCUAUAAUUAAGUUUCCAACCGAAGUACUGGGGAGAAUUCAUUGAAGUAUCAAUUGUUAGAUGUAUCUAGAUCUUUUGUGAUCUUGUCCUCCCAUCACCAAUGUGUUUUGAAAAGCAUUCAUGCGACAAGAAGAAAUUUGAUAAUGAGGAUCUUCACUUGUUCCGUGACGUUUAAUUGUCAUUUUUGUUGGAUUUUUUGCUGCUGUUGAAGUUGGUAAGCCUUAGAUCAGGGGUGCAUCCCCUAGCUGAUUUAAUACAUCUCUAUGCACAGACUACCAGCACUAUUAAAGCCUUUAUAGCAUCUUAUAACAAUGACUACAAAAUUCAUGUACUUCCCUUAAUGAUUUCUUUUGCAGAUUUUGUGAUCAUUGUAAAUGGAGUAACAUUUAUUGUUGAUAUUAUUGUGUUUUCCAGUAAGUAGUGAGCUUUUAGAAACACGUUGAUGAUUUUACAACCCAAGUAUGACCUUCCUAGGGCCUGAAUAAGGGGAGAGAAAAUUAAAAUGCUCCCUCUCCUAAUUUCUACUAGAAAAGCUUGAUUUUCAGGCUAGUGUCGCUUUUUCAUGCGCAGCUACCAUAAAAUGCUCUUUUAAUGUCCUAAUGAAAAUUUACCUUUCCAGAGUUUAUUAAAAGUUGUUUUCAGUAAAAGUAUACAUUUUCAAACCCAGAGAUCAUAAUGUAAACACUUAAACCAUUGCUCUUACUUUUCUGAGGCUAAGCAUAAUGAGCAGUUAUUAAUGCCAGUGCUAAAAAACCUUGUAGCAUGAAUGUGUUAGGGUGUGCUAUAUAUUUUGUUGUUUGAGGGGCUGGGCUUCACCUAGAAUCAGAUGGAGCUCAAAACAUUUUUUAUCCAACAGAUGUAAGUUUGUCCAAAGAUAUAUAAGUCUUCCUGACAGGAAUUUCAUAAUUUACAGACACUCCACAGAGGGAGAGAGCCAACCAAAGAGAAGAAAUCAAAUGGUAUCAUGUUGUCUUCAUUUCUAGUGAGUUGUUUAUUGGUUAUGUUGUUUGGUUACAUUUCUUGUAUUUUAAUUCUGAAAAUGAAAAAAAGAGAGUUUUUCAGUCUUAAGCAAUAGCUACAGAAACCCAGCACUUGACUUUAGUGAAGAUCGGAAAGAGUAUGCAGUUAACAGGACACAGUUUAGACCAGUGCUGGACUAGUACAGUCUAGUUACUAGAUGACUUUCUUCGCGCAUUGCCCUGGUGACUUUGUCUUAGUGCAGAGAUGUCUGCCUUGGGGUUUGACAUGAUUGCCGAUAACUCUUUGUAAACAUUUGUUUACUUUAUGCUCGUGUUUCUUAGUUUACACAGCUGAAGCAUUUUUAAAAAUAGUCGGUUAUGGAUUGAGAAAGUACCUACUAUCCGGUUGGAAUUUGUAAGUAUUGUUAAUGAUAGCCAGUUUUGAUUCGUACGUUUACAUUAAUAUUUAGGUUAAACGUUAAACAUUUUGGUGAUUUGGAUCUUAAGGUUAAAAGGGUCCUUACUGAUACAGUAAAAAACCCCGAGCAAGAAACUGAUUUUUAAGAACCUGUUAGGCCUAUAUUUGCCAGUUAGACACCCUCUAUACAAGAACCUGUUUAGCCUAAAAUUUGAAACAGGUUCUUAUUUUCUAAAAUCUUUAAAAAAAAUUCUAUAUUUUUAGGCAAACGAACUUCAAAAUUCAUGUGGUCAUUGCUUCAGUUGUUCUUCUAAUAGUCAUUUUUACAUAAAUAUAAAUUUGGUAUGUAGAUAAUACCACUAAUACUCUUUGCUGCCAUGUACUUUUUCUUCAGAAAAUAAGAACCUAUUUAAGAACCUAUAGCCUAAAUUAAGAACCUUUUUAGGCUAACGUGGGAAAAUGCUGGUUCUUACUCGCGGGUUUUUACUGUACUAGUCACCUCUCCUCUUUCUGUUUUCACUACAAAAAUCUCCACAUUGUAGGCAAAAAUGCAUAAAUCAGUGCAGGGCUGUUAGUAAGUAUAGUGCGCCUUUACAUUGACGUCUGAUCUCACCUUUCUGGUUCCUCCGCAUUUCAGCCAUUGGCUGCCAAUAAUGAAAGUUGGCACCCUCAUUAUUACGAUGAUGAUGAUGAUGAUGGUGAUGAUGAUUACUAUAAUCAUUUAAGAUUGGAUUCCGUAUGGAUCAACUAACAUUUUGUCCUUUCGUAACACACCUCUUGUCCUGCAGAUUUGAUUUUUUUGUGACUUUGUUUGGUUUCAUUGGAGCUGUCAGCCCCGCGUCCCUCAGUUUUAUAGUGUGUCUCAGACCUUUGAGGCUUUUGCGGUAAGUUCUUUGUGUAAAAAUUUGAAUCAUUUUGUCUUGCGAUUCCAUAGGUUUGAUUGACUUAGUGGCUAAAUAUUUGAACCAUCAUGCCUCUCCCGGUAAGAAGCGGUCGGCAUUAAAUCACCUUUAUAUGUUAUGGUCCAUCUUUUUAAAGAAGGCAGUUAUUCCGGUAAAGCCCUUUGGAUGUAAGAGAUAAUGGCCAACUCAUUGCUGUGCGCUCCAUCAAAGUGCAUUUCUUUUACCUACCAGUACUAUGCCAAUAGAUACUGUAGUCCUUCAAAACAAACUAUAACUCGGCCAACUCAAGCUUGCAGUUGGCGUUAUUUCAGUCUGAAAAUCUAUUACAAAUUAAUGAAUUAAUUAAUAUGACGUAAAGUCACUUCCACAGUGUGGUUCUUUGCCUACACUAUUCUGGAUUGAAUUGGAAUUUAGAAAUGUUGGUCUCUGAAGAGAUGGUGGAACCACAAAAUUCAAAGCCGGUCUCAAUUGCUUGCGCCAUUUUUUAAUCAUAACAUAAGCAAGGACUUCAAAGGUUGAAAUGAUGGUGCAUUUUGUUUUUCUCUCAGACUGUUCAAGGUUAAGGAGAGAUACCGUGAUGUAUUUGAGACGGCAGGUGUUUUGCUACCACGAAUGCUCAGGUACUAUGGCAUAUCGAUGCCUACACAGAUGCAAAAUGUAAAUAGUAGAGUAAUUCGAGGUUUUGACGGACGUUCCGCGUUUGCGAUACAGUUGCUUUAAGUUCCUUUCACCCAAAAAGAAGUUGUGUUACCCAUACAACAAUGCACCAAUAGUUAAAUAUUCCUGAGUUCAUUUAGGUGUUUCCCAUUUCUUCUUACAGUCGAACCUCGCCAUAACGGCCACCUUGAGGACAGAAGAAAGUGGCCGUUGUGGAGAGGUGGACGAUAUGGGGAGGAAGGGGUGUUAUAAGACAAGAAUACAGCAUGUUCUUUUGUGCUAACUGUGUCCCAUAAUCAUGGUAAUCCAAUCAUGUAUAAUGUAUAGAGAUGAAAUACACAAAAAGCUUGAAUUAUGUCUUGAAUCAAAAUGUUAACGUGCCAAAACGAGCAAGGUUCGCAACAUUCGCAGUAAGUAUCUUAGACAAUCUUUGCUUACUCCAGCAGUAUAAAUUGAGCAAAAUCAAAAUAUGAUUGCCGCGAUUGAUCAUAAACGUGCCGUACGAAUUAAUUCUUGACCAUUCUUGACUUUUUCAUCAGCCGCUGAAAAAAAACUGGCCGUUGUCGAUAGCUUAUUUUGGCAGUUGGGGACAUGUGUUAGUGGCCGUGGGCGUUGUAGAGAGAUGGCUGUUAGUUUAAAUUCGACUGUAUUUCCAUUGUUUUUUUUUCCAAUUCCCACUUAACUAUUACAAGACUUAUUUUAUUCAGUGGCGGGGUAACCGGGAAAGAAAACUGCGGCGUAUUUAACUUUCAGGCUACCCAUUUAUCUCACGAAAGCUAUGUUAGCGUUUAGGUGAAUCGACAAUCAGACUACAGGUAAUAAGGAUUUUUGUGGAAAGACUCUUUUUUAGAAAGUGAUGUCCAGUUUAAAGUCUACAUUGUACAUAGAGAGAGAACAACAUCUAUGUGUAUUAUUACAGCCUGCCAACAAUCUGAAACCCUAGUCUAUGGGAUAUGAUCUGUUAAUAGGACAAUCACAUGACUUUUGGAGGGCAUAUAGUUUAUUUGUGGCCCGGGAAGCAUCAUUUGCGCCCAGAUUCUACGAGGCACACAAAUAAACUAUAUGCCCGGCAAACGUCAUGUGAUUAUCAGUAUUAUAAAUACACAGGGCCAAAUCGUGCAAAUUUAUUUCAUAAGAAAAGAUUGUUUAACAUGAAAUCAUGUUGCAGGCUGCAAAUUCCAUUUACAGCCCCCACUUUGCCAUUUGGCCCGCGAAAAGGAACGCGUUAGAGAGGGCAGUUUGUCAUUUGGCCGCGUGUCGUGAUAAUAAUUAUGUUUAAAUGACAUCAAAGUCUUCUUAUGCGAAAAUCAAGGAGAAUAAUGUAAAAACACUUUUCCUCCAUAGGGUGGCUCUAGUAAUCAUUCUCCUAUAUUAUUCGUUUGGGAUUAUUGCAAUAGAAUGCUUUUCGGGUCUUCAGCUCCGUAACUGUUGUCUGUAAGUAUAUCUCUUAAUUGUUUUUGACUUCAUUUUCUUGUCCUGGGAGUACUAAGUGUCUAUGGUCCUUCCGUCUCCGUAUAACCCAUUCCACCAAAGAGUCAGCGCUAAGCCCAUUUUAUACGUCUGUAGGGGUAUCCCGUGGUGUGAGAAUUCACAAUAAACCUCUUUAUGGGUGCUUUUCAAUGAUACCAUUUCUUUUUUCUUUUGUUGUCAUUUUUAGGCAUUGAAAAGUUAAUGUUAUUUGCGUGUAUUUUUUUUUUGUACAGAAACACUUCAUAUGAGGAAAGUUACAAAGAGUUUGGAUAUUAUUAUUUAAAUAACUUCGACACCUUACUGCAUUCAUACGGUAAGACUCUUCAUUAAGCCCGAUAACCACGUAUAACCUUUCUUUAGGGAUAACUGACAUAAACUUUCCAUUUGUUUCUUGCAGUGACUCUUUUUGCGCUGACAGUGGUCAAUAACUGGUUUAUUAUUAUGGUAAGAACUGAAAUAUUCAGAGAAAAAUGUAACGAGAGCGAUUUUCUUUUGAUCUUGAAAAAUGGUUUCCUUAUUAAAAAGAUGAGCACAUGGACCUGCCUAUGCAUAAUCAUUUCAAGGUCAGAUGAAAUUCAGUUCUCUGUUUCUUAUGUCGCAAGCUAGGGACAAAGAAAACUGAAAGCACCGAGUCAACCUCCCGUAUAGCCUUAACAUUAGGCUUCCUUAGGGCUGUAACCAAGAUUUCAAGUUGUCGGGUAAAUAAAACAAGUAAGCGGGGAUUCAAACAGUUAGGGAUUUCUUUUGGCUCUAUUUUUCUGCUAUUUUCCUGUGAAAGUACCCCCGCCUUUUAAUGACAGUCCUGCUGCUUUUUCGAGGGGAAAGGAUAGAAAGGAGCUAAACAGAGGAAAGCCCUCCCUCUCUUCUCUUCCUCCCCCCAUUCCGCCCCCUCUCCCCUCACCAAGGCUUGACGCUCGGGGUACCACCCCUUUGCCAGUCGGGUGCUCUAACUGCUGAGUAACGGAGGCACUCAUAGUUAUCUAUACCGUUCACGAGGCUCACAUAUGAUGUUUCGGUCUUUUAUGCUCUGUUCACACUAGGAUGCGAGCUGACAGCAAUUAAUUAAACUUGUUCAUUUUGAAUGAAAGUACUGUUUAGAUCUGCAAGCUGUGCAGUUCACACUGACAGUAACAAGUCAGUAACUAGCUUUUCUAUGAAUCAGCUCAUAUGGCUACUGAUCUUGGAAGGAAGAACGACAGUUCACAGUCUUCCUUUGGCUUUUGUGUAACUUUGCAUUUUUAAUGAAAUUUAAACUUCA